CCACCGCUUCUGCGAAGACACUUCUAAAAAGCACAUCUGAAAGGUGGGGCUAAAACCCAAAAUGUAGAAGUCGUUUUAGGGAACGUUAAACGUCGUUAAGUGGCUGUCCGGCCUCCACCCCUGGCUCUGGAAGAGCCAGCGCUGCGCGCACUCGCCAGGGUCUCGUCGUCGCCGCGGUCCGAGCUCGCGGGGCGACCUUUCCUGGGGACGCGCUGGUCCGGGCCCCCGCGGUCCGCCAGGCCAGAACCCACGACUGAAACAUAGCGGGGCCGCACCGAAGUCUCGGGAAGGGGGCCAAUGGUCCGCCAGGCUUCCCGGCCUGGAAAGGCAGACGGCGCCUGGAGCGGCCGCGCUGGGCCCGGAGGAAUCACUCCCGCGCCACCUGGCCAGACCUCUUUCCGCCGGGCCGCUCCGCGCGUGCGGGGAAGGCGGAGCCUCGGAAGCCCCCGGCACGCCCAGCGCCCGGAUAUUUGCAUAUUUCGCAGCCUCGGGCUCCGCCUGGGGAGAUGCUCUGUCUGGAGACCCUGCGCGCCUGGCUGGACCGGGCUUCUCCGCAGACAUUUUACCCUGUUUCCCACCCUUCCUGCGCUGGAGACCGCGAGUCAUGGGGGAUGAAGAUAAAGUCAUUGAACAUGAAGAUUUGGAACCAUCUUCAGGAAUGGAUCACACAGCUUCUGCAUAUCAAGAAAUACAGGAGGAAACAGUUAUGACCUCCAAAGCAACAGACGCCAAAGAACCAACAGAAGGAAGUAACCUCCUGAAUAGCCAUGAAAAAAAACUACAAAAACUACCAACUGAAUCAAAUAAUUUGCAAAGACUAAGACAAACAUUUUCUUGUCCCCCACAUGGUUUUCUGGAUAGAGGAAUAACAAAUGUUACCAUGGUGGUUCUUCUCUGGGCUGUAGUUUGGUCAAUUACUGGCAGCGAAUGUCUUCCUGGAGGAAACCUAUUUGGAAUUAUAAUCCUAUUCUAUUGUGCCAUCACUGGAGGUAAACUUUUGGGGCUCAUUAAGUUACCUACAUUGCCUCCACUGCCUCGUCUUCUAGGCAUGCUGCUUGCUGGGUUUCUUCUCAGGAAUAUCCCUGUCAUCAGUGAUAACAUACAGAUCAAGCACAAGUGGUCUUCUGCUUUGAGAAGCAUAGCCCUGUCUGUCAUAUUGGUCCGUGCUGGCCUUGGACUUGAUUCAAAGGCCCUGAAGAAGUUGAAGGGUGUUUGUGUAAGAUUAUCCAUGGGUCCUUGCCUGGUGGAGGCGUGCACGUCUGCUCUUCUUGCCCACUUCCUAAUGGGUUUACCAUGGCAAUGGGGAUUUAUACUGGGUUUUGUUUUAGGUGCUGUAUCUCCAGCUGUCGUGGUACCCUCAAUGCUCCUUUUGCAGGAAGGAGGCUAUGGGGUUGAAAAAGGCAUCCCGACCUUACUCAUGGCUGCUGGCAGCUUCGAUGACAUUCUGGCUAUCACUGGCUUCAACACAUGCUUGGGCAUGGCCUUUUCCACAGGUUCCACAGUUUUUAAUGUUCUCAGAGGAAUCUUAGAAGUGGUCAUUGGUGUGGCAGCUGGUUCUCUUCUUGGAUUUUUUAUUCAGUACUUUCCAAGCAGUGACCAGGACAAACUUGUAUGGAAGAGAGCAUUCCUUGUUUUGGGGCUGUCUGUGCUAGCUGUGUUCAGCAGCGUGUAUUUUGGUUUCCCUGGGUCAGGAGGACUGUGCACAUUGGUCAUGUCCUUCCUUGCAGGCUUGAGAUGGGCCAGCGAAAAGGCAGAGGUUGAAAAAAUUAUUGCAGGUGCCUGGUACAUUUUUCAGCCCCUUCUCUUUGGACUGAUUGGAGCAGAAGUAUCUAUUGCAUCUCUCAGACCAGAAACUGUAGGCAUUUGUGUUGCCAUCCUGGGCAUUGCAGUAUUGAUAAGAAUUUUGACUACAUUUCUGAUGGUGUGUUUUGCUGGUUUUAACAUCAAGGAAAAGAUAUUUAUUUCUUUUGCAUGGCUUCCUAAGGCCACAGUCCAGGCUGCCAUAGGAUCUGUGGCUUUGGACACAGCAAGAUCACAUGGAGAGAAACAGUUAGAAGAAUAUGGAAUGGAUGUGUUGACAGUGGCAUUUUUGUCUAUCCUCAUCACAGCCCCAAUUGGAAGUCUACUCAUUGGUUUGCUGGGUCCCAGGCUUCUCCGGAAAGCUGAACAUCAAAAUAAAGGCUCUAAAACCAGAUUCAUUCAACAAAUACUUAGUGGAAGCUUUUGAUGACCUAAGCACAUCAUCAAAACUGUUAUUGUUCCUGUCCUUAAGGAUCUGUCAGUCUGAUGCAGGAGACAAAUAAGAGAUUUCAAAACAGUAUGAUAAGUGCUAUAAAGCAGCAAAUAGGGGGCUCAAGGAGGCUCAUAGCAGGAGCACCCACCUAACCCAGGGGUGGUGUAGUUUAGGCACAGCUUCCAGAGAAAAUAGGGUCUUGGCUAGGAUGUGGGAGAUGAUUAAGACUUAGACAGCAAAAGGCAUGUGACCCGGAAGGGUGCUGAAGUUAGUGCUAGGUCCCACAUUCUCCAAUAGUUUUUGAGUCUCCAAACGCUUAUUAACUUAUAAAAAAUACAAACGCUUAUUAACUUAUAAAAAAUACAACUGGUAUAAGUAAACAAGAAUGUUGUUAUAAAUAGUCAAGACCCCAAAGAAGAAUGAGAAGUGGAAAUUCACAGUGUAGAAAGGGCGGAAGAAGCCAUUCAGCCACUGCCAAUAGCCUGUUGCAUUUUGGAGAGCAUGUAGCGAGUUCUCCUUCUCCUCAGUGAGCAGCCACCAUCUAAAUCUCUAAAUGUCCAGUAUGGGCCUGUGCAGGGCUCACCAUUGAAGCCUCAGGUUUAUCACCAUAUUGUGAGUCACAGCUGUCCACUUGGUUGGUGAACUCAGAGUUAACCUGAUAUCGAGUGUUGACUCAGGUCAACCAAACCUACCCAACCCCAACCACAGAUAGAAACAAUUACUCUAACCCCUGAGUCCCUAUAAAAGGGAUGUAUGUAUCCUACAAAAGGGAUAUAUAUAAAAGAGAAGAUACUUCUGUCAGAACACUUAUAACUCUUUUUUCAGUUUGUCUACAUUCUUGUCUCCUAUGAAAUCAGCUCCUUAGGAAUGAGAGCCUUGUCUUGGUUAUCUUUGGACCCUCACUAGUUUGCAUAUGGCAUGAAAUACAGUAAGCAAUUAAUAAACAUUUAUUGACUGAAUUGCUGAGGGGAUCCUCUUCCAGUAUAGAAAACCACUUGCCGGGGCACCUGGGUGACUCAGUGGGUUAAGCCUCUGCCUUCAGCUCAGGUCACGGUCUCAGGGUCCUG